CAUGGCACCCAAGAAACCUGAGCCUAAGAAAGAGGAACCAAAGAAGGAGAUGAAGCCUGUUGAGCCAGAAAUCCCCAAAGAGCCUGAGUUUGACCCCAAGAAAGUAACUCUUGAAUUCACUGCUGAUCAGAUUGAAGAUUUCAAGGAGGCAUUCACCCUGUUUGACAGGACACCCAAUUCAGAGAUGAAGAUCACUUAUGGCCAGUGUGGUGAUGUUAUGCGUGCUCUAGGUCAGAACCCAACUAAUGCAGAAGUUAUGAAGGUCUUAGGAAGACCCAAGCAAGAAGAGAUGAAUACAAAGAUGUUGGACUUCGACACCUUUCUGCCAAUGCAUCAACAUAUUUGCAAAGUCAAGGACCAGGGCACGUUUGAGGACUUUGUGGAGGGUCUGAGAGUGUUCGAUAAGGAGGGAAAUGGCAAAGUCAUGGGGGCAGAACUUCGCCACGUCUUAGCUACAUUGGGUGAGAAAAUGACGGAGGAUGAAGUGGAACAGCUGAUGGCUGGACAGGAAGAUGCCAAUGGAUGCAUCAACUAUGAAGCUUUUGUAAAGCACAUCAUGGCUGGCUGAAGACUAGAAGUGAUAGAACUGCUCCAGCCUCUCAGUGAAUUCCUCCCUUUGACUGACAGGACAGUCAACCAGUGAAACCAUUCUCUCUUAUGGUGUUUGGUGAUUUCAAACAGCUCUCAAAUCCCACUGAACAUUUAUAUAUUUAAAAUGUUUUGCUCUCUCUUUCUCUCUCUCUCUCUGUAAUCCUGUUC